GUACUUACGAUACACUUUCCUUAUGCCUAAACAAAGAAAGCACUCUCAGUUGACUUGACGUCAAUGGGGUGAACUGUUGAAAACUUAGUGACCAAGUAUGGUCAGAUCGUCAUUUCACUCCCACCACCUCCUAUAUAACACCACUCUAAGUCCUCAGACACAUCACAAGUCCUAGAGAGAGAAAUUAAGACUGAAGGUUUCAUUAUCGUUAAUUAGCUUAGUUAUUCAUGGAGAGAAGCAACAACUACAGCAGAGGAGGUGGUGGUGGUCGCGGUCGAGGUCGCGGCGGCGGCGGUGGUGGUAGAGGGGGAAACAACCAACAUCAGGGUGGAGGCCGAGGCAGAGGGACGGGUAUGGGUAUGGGUAUGGGUAGGGGUGCCACCUACUCCGCCACCAACCAGCAACCAGCAAAUUAUCGCCAAGGUGGGGCCUACGGGCCAGCGCCGGGUCAGUCUGUGGGACCCACAAGGAGACCGGAGCUAGGCGAAGGCUCCACGGCGAGAGUUGGAGGAGUGUGGGGAGUUAAUGCUCGCACGGCUCUCUUUCCUCAACACUCGGACAGGACGACUCCUGAUCCUAAACCUCAUCCUGGCCCUAAAAAGAAGAUCAAAUCUCAUUUCACAGAUUCUGUUAUUCGAGACAUACAGUCAUUGAAGAUUUCAGAGCAGCUGCCUCCAUCAUCUCUUCCUGAAAAUACUAACGGAAAACUGGUGCCCAUAAAACGACCCGACAGGGGGGGCAGUAAUGCCAUCUCGACUGCCAGUCUUGCUGUUAACCAUUUUCGUAUCGAGUGUGAUCCAAACAGCACCAUAAUGCACUAUGAUGUGGAUAUCAGGCCAGAGGUAUCUCCUAGAGGUAGGCCUGGAAGGAUACCAAAAUCUGAUCUGCGAAUGAUCAUCAACAAACUAUUCUCUGAUGAUCCCACCCGGUUUCCUAUGUUGAAGAUUGCUUAUGAUGGUGAAAAGAACAUUUUCAGUGCAGUUCUACUGCCUAUUGGAACAUUCAAGGUGGAGUUAUCUGACGGUGAAGGCACAAGGACCCGUUCAUAUAUAAUUUGUAUAAAGCUUGUAAAUGAGUUGGAGUUCAGCAAGCUGGAGGACUACAUAAGUGGGAAUCUCCAAAUCAACCCCCGUGAUGUACUACAAGGGGUGGAUGUAGUAAUGAAGGAAGAUCCAUCUAAGCAUAUGAUUUGUAUUGGUCGAAGCUUUUAUACCAAAGAAUUCAAUCAUGAGGAUAAUCUUAGAUAUGGCAUUACAGCUGCUAAAGGCUUCCAGCAAAGUGUGAAGCCCACUUACCAGGGUCCAGCCUUGUGUUUGGACUACUCAGUUUUGCCUUUCCACAAGCCCCUGCCAGUUAUAGACUUUCUCAAGGAGCACUUUGAAGUUCAUGAUGUGAGAAUGUUGAGCAGAGAAGUAAUCACUGCAUUGAAAGGAUUGAAAGUUACAAUAACUCACCGUGUCACCAAUCACAAAUACACUAUUGCAGGAUUAUCUGAUCAAAACACACAAGAUCUUUCAUUUGACAUUGAGGAUCCUGAGGGCAAUGUACCCCCAAGGAAAGUUGGCCUUGUCGAUUAUUACAGGGAGAAAUAUGACAAGGAAAUUAUGUACAAUGAUAUUCCGUGCUUGGAUUUGGGGAAAAAUAACUGGAAAAACUAUGUGCCAAUGGAAUUCUGUGUAUUGGUUGAGGGGCAAAAGUACCCGCAAGAGCAUUUGGAUGGAAAUACAGCCAAGCUAUUAAAGAAGAUGUCAUUAGUUCCGCCAGAGGACAGAAAGAAGGUGAUCUAUGACAUGGUGCAGGUUGUGGAUAGAGGAGAUAUCACUCAAAAUUUUGGAAUUCAAUUGGAUACGAAAAUGACAACAGUGACAGGCCGUGUAAUUGAGCCACCUAAGUUGAAGGUAGGUGCUCCCAACGGCAAUGUGGAUGUAAUCAGAGUUGACAAGUAUAAAUGUGAGUGGCGCCUUGUUGGGAAAUGUUUAGUAGAUGCCAUACCGGUGGUUCGGUGGGCCUUAAUCGAUUUUAGCUCAUCUGAUGGUCGUUUCAAACUGAUUUCCGAUCAGUUCAUUCGGAAUAUUAAGAAUCAGUGCAGAAAAUUAGGGCUUCGCAUGGAGGAUCCUCUUGUCUGUCGUUUCACUCAAAUGAGGGCAUUAUCUAAUGUUAAUAUGGUACGCAAAAUCUUUGCUGGUGUAAUUAAGGAGGCUAGUGGGAAAUGCAGGGAUCGGUUACAAAUUGUUGUCUGUGUGACGACUAAAAAAGAAAAAGGUCUCGGCCACAACUAUAUCAAAUGGAUCUCUGAUAUUGAAAUGGGGAUUGUGAGUCAGUGUUGCUUGGCCACCCCUGUGAAUAAGGGCAAUGAUGCUUAUCUUGCCAAUCUUGCUCUUAAGAUUAAUGCAAAGCUUGGAGGCAGCAACAUAGAACUUGAAAGGCUACCCCAUUUUGAGGGUGGAGGCCAUGUCAUGUUUGUGGGGGCUGAUGUCAAUCACCCUACAGGUUCAUGGAAUUCAGCUCGUCCGUCUCCAUCAAUUGCAGCAGUUGUUGCCACAGUUAACUGGCCUGCUCUAAAUCGCUAUGCUGCACGGAUAUGGCCUCAAGAUCCUCGCAUUGAGAAGAUUCUGAAAUUUGGGAGCAUGUGUCUCGAUCUUAUCGAUUCUUAUGCUCAGUUCAACAAAGUGAAACCGCAAAAAAUUGUUGUCUUCCGAGAUGGAGUAAGUGAGGGCCAAUUUGACAUGGUUCUCAAUGAGGAGUUACUUGAUCUGAAGAAGGCGAUUGAGACAAAGUACGGGGAAAUGUACCGGCCAACAAUCACUCUUGUUGUGGCCCAGAAGCGACACCAAACUCGUCUGUUUCCCAAGACUCAUAGGGAUGGAGGUUCCAAGGGGAAUGUGAAUCCAGGAACAGUUGUGGACACUGUAGUAGUUCACCCAUUUGAGUUUGAUUUUUAUCUUUGCAGCCAUUAUGGGAGCAUUGGAACAAGCAAGUGCACACAUUAUUAUGUCCUCUACGACCAGCAUAACUUCACUUCUGAUCAGGUGCAGGAGCUCAUAUAUCAUUUGUGCUUCACCUGUGCUCGUUGCACCAAACCAGUCUCGCUUGUCACGCCUGUGUACUAUGCUGAUCUUGUUGCAUUCAGGGGACGUCUGUACCAAGAGGUGGUGGAGGAGUUGUUUCCUGCAGAGGCUUCAUUUGAUGAAAAGAAGUACAAGGUGCAUGGUGAUCUCGAGGACACCAUGUUUUUCAUCUGAAAUGUCUCAAGUUGGCUUCUGGAUCUUCUUCUCUAUUCACAAUAGUGAAGGAGAUUCAUCUGAAAAGUCUCAAGUUGGCUUCUGGAUCUUCUUCUCUAUUCACAAUAGUGAAGGAGAUUCAUCUGAAAAGUCUCAAGUUGGCUUCUGGAUCUUCUUCUCUAUUCACAAUAGUGAAGUCGAUUCUGCAUUCACAACGCAGUUCUCCUUUCCUGUAGCCAAUAGUAAAGGAGUUUGUGCGUGAAUCUAAUAGGUUUCUUGUGGUGUUGCCUCUAAAUUCUCAUGGUACAUGAAGGCCGCGUGUAUUUAGAGGCAUGCUAUCUGUGGAACAGUUUGUGUAUGGGUUUUUAAUAGUCUUUUCCUUGGUGUCCGAUUUGAUGUUUUCCUUUUAUGUGUCUUGCCUCUAAAUUCUAAUGGUACAUGCAGGCCAUGUGUAUUUAGAAGCGGGCUAUAGCCACCAAAUUAGGUAAUUUGGAUAUGUGGAACAGUUUGUGUGUAUGGGUUUUUAAGUCUUUACCUAAUGUUCAAUAUGAUGUUUUCCUUUUUUAAUGUGUGUUGGAUUAGUGUGUCUGUUUUUGUUGAAUUAUGGGGGUGGAUGAUUAUAUGUUAAUGUAAAAAUUGGAACUUGAUUUCCUAUGGCACUUGUUUUUGCCUUCUGUGGAGCAUAUGUUCCAAUGUUCAGUUAAGAAUGAUUGUAAUAAUAUUAUAUUUGUGUGUUCUUUUUCCA